AUGGCUGUUGACGAUAUGCGGCCGGUUUAUUCCCAUCGGAGUAUGGUGGAUAUUAAACAAGAGCUGCCGAAUGCUUCAGAGCCCAGAAGCAAAACAAUCCAUAGUGGCCAUUUUAUGGUUAGUCGUGUGCAUGAUGCAAACAACGACGACGAUGAAGAAGAGGCCACCUCCCCCUUUAGCGACGACUCGAAGGGGUUUGAUUUUUUCACGGCCAGUAAAGAGACCAGUACGACGUACAACUUCGCGAAUACGAAUAAUCAAGCUGUGGGGAUUGAUGCAUCGUUGACCAAGCUGUUUGAAUGCAUGACUCUAGCUUACAGUGGCAAAAUCACAUCACCGAAGUGGAAGCAGUUUCGGGGCUUGCAUUUAUCCCAGAAGCAGCGCAUCCGCCUGAACAAUCUCAUUUGGAGAGAGUGGCACAUGCAGUACAUCUAUGGGAAAAAUCCAAUGGUUUGUCAGUUUGCAACUCCAUUGUCAGAUCACAUUCAUUCAAAGCCAGAGGCUGUGGUUUUAGAGGGCAAGUACUGGAAGAGACAGCUAGAUGCUGUAACCGCCGAAUACAAGAAGUGGCGUCGCUACUUCAGGGAGAGGGUGAGGCAGCUACCUCACUUCAACUUUCAGGAGAAUAUGGCCCUCAGCGAGUGGGAGCUGCUGGAGAGAGUCAAGGAUGUGACCUUCAUCCCUCACAGCUCGGGAAGCUAUGUUUCCAGCACAGACCUGAACCUGCUGCAGGCAGAUAUCACUGAUAUGGACUUUACCAGCGAGCUCUUCGCAAGUUUGAAUCAGCCAUUUGCAUUUCCAAACCCUAGAGAACUGAGUCAGCUGGGCUAUGCCGACUUCAUCCAGCCGGGUCUGAUCCAGUUACAGCCCAACCUGGAGGAGUUCAUGGAUAUUGACACCAUGCAAGAGUGGUUUGGUUCAAAGAUGCCUUCUGCAUUUUCCGCCGCAUUUUCCUCUGCAUUUUCCUCUGCAUUCACACCUGAGCCCUCGCCUCCUGCUGCUGAAUCAAGUCUG